AUGGAUCCGAGUUAUCACAAAAUAAUUCGAAACAGUGCCAAACUGCAGACGCGUCGUGAACGCAAGCGGGCCGCUGCCACUGAAGGCAGUUCCUCUAAAGGCAGUAAAGGCCAUCGAGAUGAGGACGGC